AUGAAGUAUGUUGUUCAUUGCUUAGAACAACUGAAUUGCAUCGAUCAUCAUCUGAUCAAACAGAUCAUGCUGUAUGAAUUAUUAUCAGAAUAUCAAGCAACAAUGGAAAAUUUAAAAAUUCAACGACAUGGUAUACAUUAUCAUGUACAAUAUCGUAAUGUUCAUUCAACUAUUCAAACAUCAUCAUACACUAAUACAAAUGAUACUUCAGAAGAUUGUAUAGAUAAGAAUUAUUAA